AUGGAGAAUUCCAGCAGAAAGAAACAGCUGUCGACGAAGAUUGCUUCUCCAGCACAAUACCAUCUUUGGAAUGUGAAGGGUCAGAUGAACCAUCCAGGGUAUUUACGCGAUGGUUUCAGAGAAGAAUGCCGCAGCGGAGGCGGGCCGUCUCUGUCCACCAGUGAUAGGGCUGCGCAGUCUUGGCCGGAUCCGAGGACGAAGCCGCACAUCUUUACCAACUGCCACAUCUUAAUCUCUUGGUCGGCCACAGACCGGGUCACGACGUUUCUUCUUCCUCCAUCGCAUUUUGGCGUGUAA